AUGUUUAAGCUCUGUGUGUUCCUUGCUUUGGGUUUUGUGGCAUGCCACGGGGCGCCAAAUAGUAAUCCUGGAACCCCAAAUGCCAACCCUGGAACUUACUGCGGCGUGACACCGGAUAACAUAUACAGGUGCCUGAACAAUCCUCGAGUGGUGGCCCCUGAAGUGUCUACCAAAUGUGGCAGUCAAUUCACAGAGUGUGAAAAAAUGACCUGCAUCUUCCGUGAAUUGAAAUGGUCGAAACGUGGAGCAAUAGACAAGGCGAAAGUGAGGGCAUACUUCGAUCAGUACGAGACGGAGCACCCUGAGUGGGCCCAGGCCGUCCAGCAUGUGAAGGCCUUCUGCUUGGCCUCCGAACUCCGGGCCCAGGGAGUGUUCCUCAACUGCCCCGCUUACGACAUCAUGCAAUGUGUCCUGGCUAGCUUUAUCAAGCACGCCAGCCCAUCCGUGUGGUCGACCGCGACGGACUGUGCUUACCCUAAGGCGUACGCCGCGGACUGUCCAGUCUGCCCGUCUGACUGCUACUCUCCACAGAUCCCCUACGGCUCUUGUAACGCCUGCUACACCCAACCACGUACAGUCUAA